AUGAACGAGGCAAAUGGUAAUCAUUCCAUCAUCACCACAACUAAUCAGAGUGAUACAAACCGGCAAUCUGAAUCGCCGGCACGCACGAUUGACUCACAUGACUCAACAACGGGCAGCAUGGAUACCAUUGUCGAUCGGGCAACCCACCACAGUAACAAUAACAGUAUGGGCAAUAUUGCUGUGGCAAUGGGUGGUAAUGUUAAUGCUUCUUCUUCUUCACCAUCGAUGGCCAACAACAACCAUGAGGAAAUGAUGCAGACCACAAUUGAACAGAGUACCAACACCACAAAUAUGCACAACAGUUUAACCAAUUCCGAAAUAGCCAUGUUGCAACAACAAACUACAAACGGAAGUGAUGAUGAAUUAAUGCCGACUACACCGCAACAACAACAACAAAAUUCCAACCACAGCAACAACAACAAAUCGUCCAUGACAAAUGGCAAACCAAUGGAUGCACAAAGUCACAUUUAUUCCAGUCCCGUCUAUGAUGAGAAACCACCACAGCCAUUAAAACUAACAGCUGCCACACUGGUGGACACCGUCAAGGAUGACAGCUUGAAGAAACCCAAAUUAAUAUCCCACGAAGAAUUCAAACAACAGUUGCAAGAAACCAUAGCCUCCCGGGCAGCAACAUUAGAUUCGAGAAUUAGUAAAAAACAAAGAUUUCCACCAGAACUCAUCAAGGAUGAUCGUAGUUCGGUGAAAUCGGUAAAAUCCCUAAAAAAGAAAUCUGCCUCAUUUAAACCGAAAAGUAGCACCGCCUGUUGCUCGGCAUUUCCAGUACAAAUUAUUUUGGGCCUACUACAGUUGUUGUUGGCCAUUUCAUUGGUGGCAUUGGGUUCUUUGUUAAUUGUACGCGAAGCAGCGUUGUCCACAGCUGGCUGUGGUAUUUGGACGGGUUUGAUUGCUGCAGUAACUGGAUCAUUGGGUGUCGUGGGUCUGCGUAAGACCCAAACAUCAUUUUUGGCAUUGAGUUUAGUGUGUAUUGCCACGAGUACUUUGGCCUUGGCCAUAUCGGGUGUUGGACUAUCACGUGAUGUUAACCAAUCGAAGGAAGAGUUCGAUUUAUUGAAUGCCAAAAGUGAAAUUUCCGCUGCAUCUGGUCUCAUUUUCACUUUAUUUCUACAUUUUGUUGUCAGUGUGGUUUCCGUUUAUCGCUGUGCAUUGCAAAUGUGUUCAAGAUCCAAAAAUGCUGAAUUGCAGGACAUCAUCAUUAAGUCAAAUGCAAAUGGCUUGGCCUUGGACCCAGAGAAAAUUGAUCAGUAUAUGAAGGCAAUGUCAAUGGCUGGAAGUGAAAAGGUUUGUGAAAUCAAUGACAAAUUGGCUGCCAUGUGGAUGUAUGCUGCUGCCCAAAAUGGUACAAUGGGUACACCAAAACCCAAAAUGGCCCCCAAUGGAAGACCUGUUAUGUUGAUACCAGCAUCUGGAAGCAUGACACCAUCUAUGGUACCACAACCAAUGCUACCACCACCCGCAAUGGCUCCAACUAUGGCACCAGCUCCCGCAUAUCGUGGCGGUAUGACUUUACCCAUGAUGAGAACUGCUUCGAUGCCCAUCAUCUAUGGACCACCACCAGCCCUUUAUGCUGCAAGUAUGCCCGCCCCUAGUAUGACCGGAACUUAUCGUACACAACGCAGUACAAAAUCAAUUGAUGCGCGUAAGAAACGUCGUGCUGCUGGACAAAUUUUACGUUCGGGUAAAUCUGAUGCCAAUCGUCGUCAACGUCGUAAAUCUGAUGCUGAUGUCAUUGAUGGCAACCCAUCGUUUCAAUAUACCGGUUUAGAUCGUGCUAUAGCUGAUAAUUUUUUGGCUCGUCAGGAACAACAGACACAUGUGGGACAUAAUGACUAUUCGUCAUCGUCUGGUGCUAGUGACACAUAUGGACAAACGACAAUGAUGAAUGGCGGUGGUGGUAAUGGUCCUUCGAGAGCAUCGUCAAAAACGAAAAUAGUUUGUCGUGAUGUUGUUAUGUAA